UCUUAAUUCCCUUUUGCCCUGGAGCUUUUAGACCCAAUGCGGCUGCCGUAGGGCGGGGUGGCAAGAUGGCGGUCGCCGCCUUUGCUCGUGCCGUGAGAGCAGCAUCAGGAGUCUUACAGCCCCUGAACAUUUUGGUGUCUUCAGCCUAUCGAAACUGUGUCAAGAAUGCCUGUCUCAGCUCUGCAGUGUCCACCCGACAUUUUAGUUCUCUUCAGACACCAAUUGUUUCCUCUGCUCCCGGACUUAGCACAUGUGUCAGAAACCUGACAUGUGGGCAUACUACAGCAAUGCUCAACAGAGCGGCCCCCUUGCUUCCAAAUGUCCUGAAGCUACCAGUCAGAACUGUAACGUACUUCAGUUCACGGAAAGGGAAAAGAAAGACUGUGAAAGCUGUUGUCUAUAGGUUUCUUCGACUUCAUUCUGGCCUGUGGCUGAGGAGGAAGGCUGGUUAUAAGAAAAAAUUGUGGAAAAAGACGGCUGCAAGAAAAAGGCGCUUGAGGGAAUUUGUGUUCUGCAAUAAAACCCAGAGUAAGCUCUUAGAUAAAAUGACAACGUCUUUCUGGAAGAGGCGAAACUGGUAUGCUGACGAUCCUUAUCAGAAGUACCAUGAUCGGACAAACCUGAAAGUAUAGAUCAGAAAUUUUAUGACUUCUAGCUAUUGAAGAUGUAUCUUCGUGUAUAUGAUGUCAUUGCAAAAUGGAAUAAGUACAAAACUUGAUGUAAAUUGUGCCAGUUGGUCUGGAAACACACAGUUCCAACAUUAAACUUAUUAAAGUUUUAACACAAUGGAUUAAA